CCCACCUACUCACCACAUUCAUCUAGUACAGCACAAUGUCGACCAUACGGCCAAUGCGGCCAGACGACUUGCUGCGCAUAUCCUCAACGAAUCUUGAUCAUCUGACAGAAACAUAUAAUAUUGGGUUUUACCUCGAGUACCUGACCAGAUGGCCCGAGUUGUGUCAGAUUAUCGAAGGCAUGGAUGGUCAGAUUGAGGGAUAUAUCCUAGGCAAACUCGAAUCGUCACCUUUCGCACCCCCAAUAAGCCCCUACAAGCCCUCAACCACGGGUGUCGAAUACCCCAACUACCUUCCAUGGCACGGCCACAUCACCGCCCUGACUGUCGCCCCCAGUGCCCGACGCCUUGGCCACGCAACUGCCCUCUCGUCUGCGCUCGAGCGCUCCUCUGACGCUGCUGACGCAUGGUUUGUCGAUUUGUUCGUGCGCGCGUCGAAUGAAAUUGCAAAAGAACUGUAUCGCAAGAUGGGCUAUAGUGUUUAUCGUGUGGUCAAGGCGUACUACAAUGAUGGCGAGGAUGCACUGGAUAUGCGCAAGAGUUGUAGUCGGGAUAAGAAUCGGGAGUGUGUGAGGGCUGAUGGUGAAAAGUGGGAGGUUGAGGCUGAUGAUGUGUGGUGAGGUGAUGCAUGGCUUUCGUUACGAAAAUCCAAGGACAAAGGACGGACACGAGGAAGGCGGGGAUGUGGGCUUGGAAAAGAUGAGACAUUGAUACCCGGAUUGGAUGAGGGACUUGAAUAUAUCCGUGGACGAGUAAUCGUCUUGACUUGGGAGAUCCAUGGCGAAUAUUGCUAUUAACGAUGCCUUGCAAUUACUGAUAGAAGACAAGAUGAUGAAAUGAAAAUGAUUGAUGAGCUUACAAUCUAUGCGCAGACUUUGGCUGUAUGUGCAACGACG